AUGCUGAACCUAUCCCACACCGAGCACACUCUCUUUCGCCCUCUCCCCCUUUCCCUCCCUCAUCACCACCACCACCACCACUUCAUUGUCGGCCGCCGCCCGCCCGAGGCGCUGCGCGGCGCCAUCACGCGCCACAUCCGCGCCGUCGCCGGCUACUACCGCGGCCGCUGCUACGCCUGGGACGUGGUCAACGAGGCGCUCGACGAGGACGGCACCUACCGCAAGAGCCUCUUCUACAACGUCCUCGGCGACGAGUACAUCCGCAUCGUCAAGACCUUCGAGAAGCUGAUCCGCGAGAAGCCAAAGCCGGGCUUCAAGCGCAAGAGGAAAACCGUAGCAGCAAACUAA